AUUCAAAACCCUUAUUUCAAGCAGAUUAGACCCAAUAGCAAUCAGAAACUAAAACACACAAUGCAUUCAGUGAAAGAGAAAGUAAGCAACGCAGCCAGUGCUGCAAAGGCCCAUGUUGAGUCAUACAAAGCCAAUGUUGAAGAAAAGGCAGAGAAGGCAACUGCAAGAACACAGGAAGAAAAAGACAUAGCACACCAACGGAGGAAAGCUAAAGAAGCUGAAGCCAAGAUGAACUUGCACAUGGAGAAAGCCGAACACGCGGCCGAGAAGUUGCAUGGGAAGCACCAUGUUCUUGGUCAUGAUCCUGGGACCGGAGUGUAUGGUGGGCAUCACCAGACACAUGUUGGGACUGUUGGUCAGACCACGGUCCCGGCCCACCAACAGACGUAUGGAGCAGUGGACCCGGUUACUGGAGCAACGGUCCCAACCUAUCCUCCGGGACACCUUCAUGGGCAUAAACAUCUCUAGUUCUUUUUUUGUUUUGUUUUAAGUUGUUUUUUCUUUUGUGUGUUUUACGUUGGUUGUUUUGUAAUGAACUAAUGAUUUGUCGAUAUUAUGUAGUUGAAUAAUCAAAGAAGAAUUGAAUCA